AUGGCAGACACAAGACCAGCGCGAACGGCGCUUUCAACAUCAAGAACGCGUUCGCGCUCUCGGCCAAGUCGGCCCAGUAGUCCGCCGCUGCAUCGAAUACUCUCGAAUCAGUUUCCGGACGAUCAUUCCGUUUACCAUCACGAGAACGGCGAAGGUGUCCAUGUAGACACCGAUGUGGAGUCGCUACACAAGACGGAAACAGAACGAAGACGCGCAGAGCUUGAAGAUGAGAGCGAUAGUGCGGCUGAUGAAGCCGAAUUGUCGGAGAAGGACGGGGUGACACAUGAAGUGAAUGGAGAGACUACGAUACUGGAAAUCAGGAAUGGCAUCGUAGACGAGCGCGAUGUUGAGGCGCAACCGGCGCAGCUGGAGAAGAAGAAGUCUUCAAGGUCGAUUAAGGAUCCGAAUUUGGUAACAUGGGACUCACCAGAAGACCCAGCGAACCCCAAGAAUUGGUCCAUGAAACGCAAAUGGGCAGCAACGUUCAUUGUGUCGUCCUUUACGCUUGUUUCUCCCGUCUCGUCGUCCAUGAUAGCGCCGGCCUUAAGCUCCAUCAGCCGAGACUUCAAGAUCACGAACGAAGUCGAAGCACAGCUCACGCUUUCGAUAUUCGUUCUUGCUUAUUCUAUCGGUCCGCUAUUUCUCGGUCCUCUGUCGGAGAUAUACGGACGUGUAAUUGUCCUACAGCUAUCGAACUUGUUCUAUCUUGCGUGGAACCUUGGAUGUGGGUUCGCUCAAAACAAGGCACAGCUUAUGGCUUUUCGGUUCAUGAGUGGUUUAGGUGGCUCCGCGCCGUUGGCUAUUGGCGGAGGUCUCCUUGGCGAUACCUUCUACCCCGAGCAGCGUGGCCGAGCUAUCUCCAUUUACUCGCUCGCUCCUCUGCUAGGGCCUGCUAUCGGUCCUAUUGCUGGUGGUUUUAUUGCAGAAAAUACGACAUGGCGCUGGUGCUUCUGGGCGACCACGAUCUUCACAGCAAUGGUUCAAUGCUUCGGCAUAUUCUUCCUUCAAGAGACAUAUGCUCCCAAGCUGCUCGCCUGGAAACGCGACAGGCUCCGCAAAGAGACGGGAAACAUGAAUCUGCACACCGAAUACGAUAGCCCCGACAAGACGCUCUUCAAGACCAUCAAGGUGGCGCUGCAGAGGCCGUUCCGGCUACUGGGCACACAACCCAUUGUCCAAGUUUUGGCAUUGUAUAUGGCCUAUCUCUACGGACUCAUGUACCUUAUGCUGUCGACUUUCCCACUCCUCUGGUCCGAUCAUUAUGGCGAAUCAGUCGGCAUCGGCUCGCUGAAUUUCAUAUCUAUGGCUCUCGGUUUCUUCCUCGGAACACAAAUCACAGCACCCUUGAACGACGCACUCUAUCGCCGGCUGAAGAAGAAAAACAAUGGUGUGGGCAAGCCCGAGUUCCGCGUUCCGAUCAUGGUACCAGCUUCAAUCGUUGUUCCAGCUGGACUCUUUUGGUACGGCUGGAGCUCGCAGGCGAAAGUGCAUUGGAUCAUGCCCAACAUUGGCGCGUGCUUAUUCUGCGCCGGCACUAUUGUCAGCUUCCAGUGUAUCCAGACAUAUCUCGUUGAUUCGUACACGCGGUAUGCUGCGAGUGCGAUUGCGGCGGCUACGGUGCUGAGAUCUUUGGCUGGCUUCGGCUUCCCGCUGUUCGCGCCGUACAUGUACCAAGCCCUUGACUUUGGGUGGGGAAAUAGUUUACUGGGUUUUAUCGCGAUUGCUCUAGGUGUUCCGGCCCCGUUCUUGCUGUGGAGGUAUGGCGCGACGCUGAGGGGUAAGAGUCAGUUCGCCGCCGGAGGAUAG